CAAUUCAAUCUCCUUUCUCCAGAGAAAUCCUUCACUCAGUCACGGUGUCCGGCAAAGGCAAGAAGGCCAAAGGGCGGGCUUGCUCGUGGCUGCCGCCAAGGACUCUUUUAUCAGGCUUUAAUUUGGUUAAAUUUUUACACUCCAAUCUGUUGCACAACCUACUAAUCCCAGGUUCAUCAUUCACCAUUCUAGAUGGCUGCUUCAUUCUCUAACCACUCUCUCUUGCCUCCUCACUUCUCUGCUUCUUUAAAACCCUCAAAACACACCCAUAUAGCUUCAUCGCCGGUCCAAUUUCUUUACCAAAGACCUCGCUUUUCAAAACCCUUUUCUGGGUUUUCUCCAUCUAACCUCUCCUUCCCUCUGAACAUCAAAAACUGUCCACAAAGGUGGACUUUCAAGGCUUCUCUUUCAGCCCAGGAAUCUGCUCGCACUGAAAAUGUAAAAGCAUCAGCUGGAGAAGAUUUUCCCAGUUUAAAGGCCAUGAUUAGAGUUUACAGGGAGGCGCUUCUCAAUGGAGAUGAUAGGAUUGUAUCUGAAAUUGAGAGUAGAAUUAGCAUUUUAGAAAACGAGAAGGAUGGAUUGGAAAAACAAGUUUUGGAAUUGUCGGCAGAGAUAACCUCUGGGAAAGAGAAGUAUAUCCGUUUACAAGCUGAUUUUGAUAAUUAUCGGAAAAGAUCGGAGAAGGAGAGACUUACGGCAAGGUCUGAUGCUAAAGGAGAAGUGAUGGAGAGUCUGUUGCCCAUGGUUGACAGUUUUGAGAGAGCCAAGCAACAAAUUAAACCCGAAACAGAGAAAGAAAAGAAGAUAGAUACGAGUUAUCAGGGUAUAUACAAGCAAUUUGUGGAGAUCAUGAGGAGCUUGCAAGUGGCUGUUGUCCCUACAGUUGGAAAGCCCUUUGAUCCCUCUCUACACGAAGCAAUAGCACGCGAAGAGUCGCAAGAGUUCAAGGAAGGGAUUAUCAUCCAAGAAUUUCGUCGUGGAUUCCUCCUUGGGGAUCGGCUACUAAGACCAGCGAUGGUUAAAGUUUCUUCAGGGCCAGGUAGUAGUAAGAAAGCAACUGUGGUUACUCAUGAAUCUUUGGGAGAUGAUCAGUAAAUCUAAGUGGGCAUUGCUGCUACAUGCAAUUGGUCCUCUGACAAAUCUCAUUAGUACGUGAAGGCUUUUUCUCUUUUUCAUAUUUCAUUUGCUAUUUUUGCCUAUGUAACAUUAUCACAUUUUGGUUUUCAUGGGCCACAUUUUAUUAAAUGUUUCUUUUUUCCGAAAGGGGGCAAACACUUGUACAACUAAAGAUUAUUCAGAUUUAUUUAUUUCUCAAAGCAACAUAUUUUCCCA